AUGGGUAGAGCUCCAUGCUGUGACAAAACCAACGUAAAGAAGGGUCCAUGGUCCCCUGAGGAACAUGCAAAACUCAAGGCUUAUAUUGAUACUUAUGGCACUGGAGGAAACUGGAUUGCUCUUCCCCAGAAAAUUGANGUACAAGAUCCAAAGAUUGGAUCCUUUGAAAAUUCCACGGUUUCUAUCAGAAAUCAAGCAGGGUUUUCCUCAAUAAGCAGUUUGAACGCAGAUGAAUUGGAGAAUUCUAUGACCUGUAUUGCCUCUGCAGACAACCCAGUUACCUUCAACAUUGGAAGCAACAUAAGAAACUCAACUAUCGUUCCGAGGUCGAAUUUUAUUGAACAAUCAAGUCCUGUAAUUCACCCAGUUUCAAAAUUCAAUCAAGCAGAACUUGAUGACUUUAUCAACAACAAAGCAGUGGGUUUUCAAUCAACAGAGGGUCAGAUGGGUGAAUUUGAUUGUUUCAAAGAGAUGGAUGGCUCAAAGGACAACCUGAUCUGGUGGUUUAAUGACUUCGACAUAAAUUCAACACCUUCAAACUCUUGGGAUUCUACUUCUGUUCUUUAUCAGUGUGAAGGAAUGUAUCAGCAUUAUGGCUUAGGAUAUAACAUGCAGUGA